UAACAGGUAUUCAGUAAGUCGAUUGGCAUUGUUUGCUACUCGUUAGGAAGGGAGCGCGAUGUCACGUGAACGUACACUUCGCCACAGCUGUGGCUCAAGCAUGGCGCCCCACUGUGGCUAGAAGCGCACCACGAAAAUGUAGUAAAUUUGUCGAAACCCCACGACCAUCAAGCCGUGAAGACGCGAAGAAUCGACGUUGGUACUGCCCCAGACACCGAAUAAAAACGCAAUAGACGUAUUGUUCGUUCCAGCACCAACAUAAUCAUGGCUACCGCACCUCCCGUCAAGUCCACCAAGGACUGGGCCGACGACGACGAUGUCGAGGAGACCAACACCGAGCUCCCUCCCACCCAAACCAUCUCCAACAAGGAUGGAACCAAGACAAUCAUCACAUUCCGCUUCAACGACCAGGGUCAAAAAGUAAAGACCACCCGCCGAAUCCGCUACACCACACACACGGAGAAGGUCAACCCCCGCGUUGCCGACAGAAAGUCAUGGACCAAGUUUGGCGCCAGUGCAAAGGACGGCGACGGCCCUGCUGCUGAUACGACAUCUGUUGGUGAAAACAUCAUCUUCCGCCCCAGCGUCAACUGGCGCAAGGACGCCAAGGACGAGAGUGCCGACCCCAACGCCCAGGCUAUGAAGGACAAGCUCAAGGACAAGAAGGUCAAGUGCCGUAUUUGCAACGGCGAACAUUUCACAGCCAGAUGUCCCUACAAGGAUACCAUGGCCCCUGUUGGAGAGAACGGUGCUGCCGAUGUUGCUGCCGGUAUGGGCGACGAGCCUGCUCCCGCUGCCGGCCCCGGCGCGAAGAAGGGCUCCUACGUGCCCCCGGCUCUCCGUGGCGGAGCUGGAGCUGCUGGCGAGCGCAUGGGCGGAUCCAAGUUUGGCGAGAGAGACGACCUGGCGACGCUGCGCGUUACCAACGUUUCCGAGAUGGCCGAGGAAGGCGAGUUGCGAGACAUGUUCGAGCGUUUUGGUCGUGUCACAAGAGUAUUCCUUGCCAAGGACAGAGAAACGGGUAUGGCCAAGGGCUUUGCUUUCAUCAGUUUUGCGGAUCGCGGCGAUGCUGUCAAGGCCUGCGCCAAGAUGGAUGGUUUCGGUUUCAAGCAUUUGAUUUUGAGAGUCGAGUUUGCCAAGAAGGCUCAGUAGAUUUUUGCAUGUGUCACGAAAAGUUGGGGUCUACAUAUGAAGUAAUGGUAUUUUUUUCUCUUUCUUCAACCUUUUGUUCUGGAUGCCGUUGCUGUCCUUUCUGUGCAUGGUCUAUUAUUAUGGCAUACAAACCCUCGUAGACUGCACCGUCAAAGGAAAUCGAUCUACUAGCAGCUAGAUAUUUCGUGACCUUCUACGGGUUUGUAUCGUCAUUGUCUUCUGGUAGAUGCCAUACGCAUGAUAGUUAAGCUUAAUGGUGGUAGCUUUCAAACGGUGAGAGACUAAACAGGCUGUGCCAAAACAGAGCCUCUCAAAGGCCACGUUACGUAUUCAUACUCACUUGUCUCCCUUUUUUUCAACCUCUCUCAGCUACAAAUGACUUACAAAUCAAGCCUCUUAUCCUAAAUCCCAACAUUUAUAUUGAAUUCAACAAUUUGGCCCGUUU